AUGUUGCUGAGGCUGCAGACCUUCGCCCCCCCCUCGCCCUGUGCCUCCCCCCAGGACCUGGCUAGUGGGGUGGCCCUCGCCCACGUCCUGCACAGCAUCGACGCCUCGUGGUUCAACGAGACAUGGCUGGGCCGGAUCCGGGAUGAUGCUGAGGAUAACUGGCGGCUGAAGGUGAGCAACCUGCGGAAGGUGCUGCAAAGCGUCCUGGAGUACUGGCAGGAUGUGCUGGGCCAGGCGGUGGCGGAGCAGCACGUGCCCGACGUGGCGCUGGCAGCCCAGCACGCUGACCCGGAGCAACUGGGCAAACUGGUGCGGCUGGUGCUGGGGUGCGCUGUGAGCUGCGAGAGGCGGGAAGAACAUAUCCAGCGCAUCAUGACACUGGAGGAGUCGGUGCAGCACGUGGUGAUGACGGCCAUCCAGGAGCUUUUGGAUAAAGAGCCGUCAGAGACGAUGGCGGUUGAGAUGUAUGGGAACUUCGACACACAGUCACGGCGCUAUUACUUUCUGAGCGAGGAGCCCGAGGAGGCCGGGGGACCGCAGCAGCGCUGCCUUGAACUGGAGCAGCAGGUGGCGGUGCUGCUGGAGGAGAAGGGCAGCCUGGCGGAGGAGAACCGGGUGCUGCGGGAGGAGAAGGCGCAGCUGGAGGCUGACGCCGCUGGUGCUACCACCAAGAAGCUGCUGUUGCUGCAGACACAGGUGGAGCAGCUGCAGGAGGAGAAUUACCGGCUGGAGAGCGGGAAGGAGGAGCUGCGGGCACGCUGCAACAGGCUGGAGCGGGAGGCGCGGGGGCUGCAGGCACGAGCAGAGGAGCUGAGCGGCCUGGCCGGGGAGGCCCGGGCCCUGCGCGAUGAGAUGGACGUGCUGAGGGCAUCGUCGGCACGUGCAGGGCGGCUGGAGGCGGUGGAGGAGCUGAGUGGGCAGCAGGCAGAGGCAGAGCAGCGGGCAAAGAAAUGGCAGGUGGAGUUCAGGAACCUGCAGGAGAAGUUCGAGGCGUUGAACAAGGAGAAGGAGCGGCUGCUGGAGGAGCGGGACACUCUGCGUGAGGCCAACGAGGAGCUGCGCUGCUCUCAGGUGCAGCAGAGCUGCCAGGCAGUGCUGGAGAAGGGGACGGCCCCAGCAGGAAACCUAGCAGCCGAAAUCCUCCCAGUGGAGCUGAGGGAGACAGUGGCGCAGCUGCAGCAGGAGAACCGGCGGCUGCAGGCACAGGAGGUGACGCUCCGGCUCCAGCGGGAUCAGCUCCAGCGGCAGCUGCGUGAUGCCGACCGGCAGAGGCUGGAGUCCACGGGGGUGGCGGAGCUGCGUACAGUGCUGGAGGAUCAGGGGGACACCACAGAGGAGUUGCUGCUGCUGGAGGAGACGCUGGAGGAGCUCAAGGAGCUGCCCAAGGCAGGGGCAGAGCUGCAAGGGAAGGAGGAACUGGAGCCACGCAGGGAUGGCAGCGGGUCACAGGACGUGGAGGAGCUGCAGCGCAGCCUGCGCCGGAGGGAGGAGACCCUGCACGUCCUGGAACAGCGCUGCCGUUGGCAUGCUGGGGGGGCCCGCACGGUGUUGCGGGCGCUGGAGCCGAAGCCCCCUGGCCCCACGGUGGCCCCCGCCCUCCGUGCCCUCCGGAACCAGCUGCAGGAGAAGGAUGCCCUGAUCCGGCACCUGGAGAGUGACUGCGAGCGGAGCCGUGCACAGCGGGAGCGGGAGGAGCAGCUGCUCGUCACCGCCUGGUACAACAUGGGCCUGGCACUGCAGCAGCAGGCAAGUGAGGGAGUGGGGCCACGGGCCCCCCCCGGGGGGGUUCAGUCCUUCCUAGCCCAGCAGCGCUUGGCCACAGCUGCCCGCCGCACCCGGCCCCCCCAUGGCCGCCCCCCCAACCGCUGA